AUGGCAAUUCCGCGUUUAGAGAAACUAUACCAAUUCCUUACAUCAUCAUGGGAAAAAUGCAUUGGAGAAGUCAAUGCAAAGGUGCUCAUUCCGACCCAGGUAUAUAAUAAAAUUUCUGACUUUGACAGCAUUUAUAAUCAGGGCUUUGGAGCGGAGCUGGAGCUGGAGCGCGGAGCAAUCGGAGCAACCAUAUUCUGGUCGGAGCGUCCGGAUAUGACUUCUAACCAAAAUUUGUGUCAAUCACCUAUAAUCGAUAGUCGCUUUUUGAAAAAUGAUCUGGAAAAUAUAUUUGAGUUUGAAGAAAAAAAUGGACAAAAAAAGUCAGCUAGAUGUAAGCUAAAAAAUGAUGAUGUGCAAUGCAAUUUUCAGGCAAUGGGAACAAGUGUGUCAAAAAAGUUUAAUCUUUGGCGUCAUGUGAAACGUAAUCAUCCUAAAAUCUAUGAUGAGUUAGUAAAACAAAAAGAUGAAAAUGAUAAAGCUGCCUCAGAUAAAAAACGUGGUAAUGAAAAUGAUGCCACGCCAUCUAAAAAAAAAAAAAAACUGUACAAGAAAACAUGA